GUGAGAACUGUUGUUCACUCUUCGGUUUAUUACCGGGUUGGCAGCCAACCAGCGGCCGCUGUGUUAGUUUUUGGUUACAUAAAUAAUAAUUAAAGGUCCUUUUAAAUUCCUAGAACAGUUGGAAUAUAUUUUAAGGGUUUUUGUCACUGUGCCCUGUGCUGCCACAAAAUGGACAGAAAAAACAGUGAAAUGCAUCACAGGGGAGCUGCACCUUAUAUAGAGGGCCAGGUGUCAGCUGACCGUCCUUAUCAGCAGGUCAUCUCCCACUAUCUACUGGACCCACUCAGAUAUGAUCAGCCUAUCAGACCGUAUCAGCCUAUGCCAUGUCAGCUGCCUGACCACAGCUAUCAGAUGGAGUCCCAGCUGAGCCUGAGCCACCUACCUGCUGAGUACCAUGGUCUCCCCAAUCCUGGGUCUUCCUACUGCACUGACCUCCCCUCCACCUCUGCCAUUUGGUUUGAUGGAGAACCAGUUUAUUCCAAUGUAAAGGUGGAUUUAGACACACAUCUCCCUGUGGACAGAAUGCAGAUUCAGGAGCAAUCAGCUGAAGUUGCAUCUAACAUCAUUCAGACUGUGUUGUAUGGAGAUGAACAGGAAGUGCUCGUUAAUCCUAAAGAGGAAGGACCUACAUACCUUGACUUAGAACCUGCAAAAUCAUACCAAUACUGUAAAAUGGCUCCAAGUGAAGUUGACAGUGUGCUGCAGACUCCAAAAGGAGUGAGAGAUGAUGUCAUUUCUGCAGCUCCAGAGAUGAUCCCAGAAUACCAUCAGACAGCAUGUUCCAUGUAUGAUAGCAGAGUUCAGACAUCCAACAUCCAGGUGCAGGCCUCGAUCCAGAGACCUGCCGGCCUGUUUUCAGAGUUGAAAUCCAAGAAGCCCUGCCACUGUACCAGAUCAAAAUGCCUCAAGCUCUACUGUGAGUGUUUCUCUGCUGGAGUGAUGUGCAGCAACUGUGGCUGCUCUAACUGCCAGAACAAUGAAGAACAUGAAGAGGAACGUCGUGAAGCAAUCAAGUUAAGACGUAACCCGAAUGGAUUCAAGUCUCAGGUUGUUGGGCAGAAGUCAGGAAAGACCAGAAAUUGGUGCAACAAAGGCUGCAACUGCAGACUCUCUGGAUGCCUGAAGGGCUACUGUGACUGCCAUAAGGCGAACAUCGGAUGUUCCUCCAGCUGCAAGUGUGUUGGUUGCUUGAACCAAUUAGACAGCUCUAGAGCGGAUGCUAAGGGGACAGCAGGCAAAGAGUUGGACAUAUGUCCUGAGUCAGUGUUGAACCAUAAAACGGUGGAGACUGUGUGCAGCCGUUUGCUGGCGAAGGCAUAUGAUGCUGAGAAACAGUACCAGGAUCAGACCAUGGCUGAAUAUUUGGUCCUGACCGAGUUUGGAAACAGUCUGUCAGAGAUCGCCAAGGCCAUGUUCAAAUACAGCCCACACUAAAAUGUUCCCAUCGGCGAAUCAGAAAAGCCCAGCUGCUUUAUUAUAUCUGUAUUAACUAAUUUUCUCCAUGGUCUAAAAGCUGUGUAUGUUUUAGUUUUUUCUGGUCUUUCUGGAACUUUAACU